UCCUUCGAAUCCAUCUCUUUUCUCAUUGCCACCAUCUCCCUUAGAAUUCGAGUUUGGGGUUAGUUUUCGGGUAUUGUUUCCGUUAAGAGGUGGUUUCGAAUUAAAGACCGGUUUAGGGUAGUAUUUGGUUUAGAGCCAUGUUUUCUGUUUGGAUUAGGGUUGGAAUCGCAGUUCUGAUCAACCUUGCUGUAAUAUUUCGACCCAACAAUCAAGGUGUUACAGUUUUUGUGACGAUUUAUCAAAACUUUCUGACCCAACAAAAACAUGCCCCAUUUGCCAACACGAGAUUUCUGCUUUAUGCGCCGCCUCAUUGUGAAAUAUCCUAUCCUCUCACCAGAGUACAAGCAUGGCCGAAACAUGAACUACUAUGAUUCAUUUAUUUAACUUGUAAAUUUUAUGAUCCCCCUGUAUCAGAAGACCUAGCCAUAUUGAGAGACUUUUGAUCUUAAAUUAUGGUUUUUAAGUAUGAUUGCGACUGAAACUCUUGUAUCAAGCAAUAAGUCCGGGGUCCAAGUCUCCAGGAAAAGAAAACAAACCACUUCUGACAAGCCAUCAUGUAAGCCAGGGCAACCGGUACCAUUUACUGUUGAAGGGACUCAAAGCAGUAGUUCCGAUGGCGGAAAGAAGUUGGAGAAGAGGCAACGGAUGGAUCCUAGUGUGACUUCACGCUGUUCAAUGAUUCUGAAGACACUGAUGACUCAUCCAGUCGGUUGGGUUUUCAACCAACCAGUGGAUCCUGUGGCGUUAAACAUUCCGGAUUAUCUUUCGAUUAUAUCUAAUCCCAUGGAUCUGGGAACAGUAAAGUCCAAACUGGAGCACAACAUGUAUUUUAGCACUGAAGAGUUUGCAGCUGAUAUUAGACUGACCUUUUCUAAUGCCAUGCUCUAUAAUCCUGCUGAUAAUAGCGUCUACAAAAUGGCAGUGAAAUUAAACAAAAUUUUUGAGAAAAGAUGGGAUCCUCUCGAACUCACAAAAACAGGUCACAACUGCACAAGGAAGUCAUCAGGAGAAGAUUUCCAAAAUGGAAUUGACAGUCAUAGGAGAAAUGCUUGUGGCUCUGCCAAUGCCAAGUUUCCAUUGAUUGCUCACAAAUGCAGUGGAUGUGGCAGUAUAAUCUGCCACUGCAGCCUACCAUGUGACCUAACCCAUGUGUCCUCAAGUGAUUUAUCCUCAGAAAGAUCAUUGGAUAGAGAUCAUCAUGUGUACAGUGUUGAUGUUUCCAGACAGGACUGUCAGGCAAAAAGAAUGUCAGUAUCCCAAGUGAGCAAGUCAGAUGUGGAUUCUGAUGGGGCUGUAAGUGCUUUGGACUAUGAAAACGCUUGUCACAUUUCGCAGUCUACAGUUCCUUCCACAGAUGCUGUUCCCAAAGGAGAAGGGUAUCCUCCAAUUGUUGAUGUACAGCUGUCACCAAAGAAGGCUCUCCGUGUAGCAAUGAUGAAAAGCCGCUUUGCAGAAACCAUUUUAAAAGCUCAACAGAAGACACCGCUUGACCAGGGUAAUAAAGCUGAUUUGUUAAGGGUUCCGCAGGAAAAGGAAAGAUUGGGAAGGAGGCAGCAAGAAGAGAUCGGUAUGAUCAAAGCCCAGAUUCAAGCUGCUGAAACUGUCACACGAAUCAAAGAAGAAUCACUGAAACAACAACGGGAAAGAGAAAGGGAAGCUAUGCGUGCUGCACUUCAGAAGAUGAAAAAGACGGUUGAUAUCGGAGACAGCUUGUGGACUCAAAAAGAGUUCGAUGCCUUAAUUGGAUCUUCUGCGCCUCAUUAUGGAUCUCUUGUUAGACAGUAAAUAUUACCAUCUAAUUUUGAAUAUGGGAAGGAUAGUUGGUAUAGGAGAAAUUUUGUCCUCAAUAGUGAAGUUAGUUAAUUUGUAUAAAGAGACAGAGAUAUGCAUACCAUAGCGGCAGUCCACUCGAUUUACAGAAUAGAUUAGCUCUGCAAGUGUACAAAGUGUUGUCCAAUUUUGAAUUUUCCACAUAAAUAAUCUUAAAUGGAUAAGUGUAGGAAAUGCUCAAUGUUCAAUGUUCAAUGUUGUAUAUUCA